GACCCGCGCAUCACUACUAUGCAGUCCCCUCGACGCAGGCGCCGUGGCCCCUCCGGGAGUUGUAGGCAUCAUCUGCGCGGCAGCCCCAGUGUGCCCCGGUUCACGGGAGAGAGAGGAUACGGUGCACGGAUGCAGGGACGCAUUACGCGACACCGAUCGCUCCUGAACACCACGGCAAUCUCACUGCGAGUCCGGCUCCUCUGCAUGAGGCAUAUUUAACGAAAAACACACCCGCGGAGGUCAUGGAAAUGAAGAAGUCUAUUUCGGAGAGCAGCCGACCGCCCAGGAGCUACGGAUCCGUGCAGACGACUGCGUGGCCGGGAGACAAAUCCCAGCCGGACACGGUGUCCAUGUCGGAGAACUCCCUGUCGCCGGAGCAGCUGGAGGCGGAGAUGGCGCGAGUCCAGCGCCUCCGCGAGGUCCUGGUGCGCCGUGAGUCCGAGCUGCGCUUCAUGAUGGAUGACAUCCACCUGUGCAAGGAUAUCAUGGCCCUCAAACAGGAGCUCAGGAAGAUCAUGGCUGUACCUGAGAAGGACAAAACGUUGACAGACAAGCAGAAGGAAGACGAGCUGAUUCAGAGGAUCCAUCAGCUCGUCCAGAAGAGGGAUUUUCUUGUGGAUGACGCGGAGGUGGAGAGAUUGAGGGAGCAGGAGGAGGAUAAGGAGAUGGCUGAUCGCCUCGGAUUCCAGCUGAAGCCACUGGCAAAGCUCACAGAUGACAAAUCUCAGCACCAGGGACUCCUGAACACCAACAUGGUCACCCCAGGUCCCUCACCCAAGAAGUUCUCCAUUGCCAAGUCGGGGGCUGCCUUCAUGAAGGACUGCUGUGGGGCCACCCAGUGUGUCAUCAUGUGACCCCACUUCUUUUUCCGCCCGGCCAAUCCAGGGCGCGUCCCGUCAUUCCGCCCCACACACCCUCCAAUCAGCAGAUACUGGUCUCUCUUCACCGUCACCUCUGUAUCAGGCCUGGUGCACACAGUGAGCUCUGGAGAAAGAUUAAUUCCUACUGGAGGGGGGUUAAUAUUUUUGGGGGGUGGGAGUUCUUAUCAGGGCACAACUUUUUAAACUUUCUGUUCAUCAUACUGUACUUUGUUCAAGUUUCGUGUUUGAUCCCAGCAGCAGCAGCUGUGUGCUUUGCGUUCAAGACCGACCAAUUAGCAUAACGCUAACAGGCUCAUUAGCUGGACUGCGCUGGUGCACCCACCACACAGCCUGCCUACACAGGCCGAGCGCGCAAUUCAAAGUCAAUAACAGCACUUUCAGAUGGCCGCCUCGGUACAGUGUGUACGUAUUGCAGGUUUUUUUUGUUUUGGGAUCGUUAUGCAGUUUUUAUAGACUUUAUGAACCUGUCGUUAACAGACACAUUAGCUCACUGACUGAAUUAGCACGACUGUCAUGUUUUUACUAAAGCAAGUGAAAUCUCUACUUUCUGUAUGAUAGCAUGAAGUAGUCCAGAAACAGAAAUGACUUGUCACUUUUUAGGAAUCUGUAAUGUAAUGCAGUCUCUUUCUUAAUAUCUUUGCAAAAUUUUACUCUGUAGUGUUUCACCCAGUUGUACCAUUUUGUUCAUCUAUAAAUAAUUUCAACGAUUGACAUGAUUUUCUGUGCCAACGGUGUCCAUUUCAGGUACUUCGGGAAACUGCAUCAUCAGGCAUGUUGUACACAUCGAGGUUCUUUUGUCUGACAAUUGUGCAUUUGUUUAAAAUGCUCUAACCGGCGUAGGUUCUUGCUCCCGUUUGCGGGUGGGCGAGGAUUUGUGUUGGUUUCCAGUAAGAUGAAAGAUUGACAGCAUGGUAGCUAAUCAUGCAUUUUCUGUUCCAUCUCAGAAUAAAAUAUAGUCCACUGAUUAAACGUCUUUCCGUUGUACCUGGGCUCAUUUCGGCGGUUAGCAUUCUGGCGUAGUUGAUAGGGUUGACAGUUAUUGUAGCCUGACCCCUGAUGACCAGGUGUACUGUUGGAUGUCCACUUUAAGGCACUGAUGGUUAAGGGCCUUAUUCUGCCAUUAGAAUGAAUUAAUAAUUCACAUGGCACUGGAAGAGAAAUGGGAAAUUGUGGAAAUCACAAGGACCACUGCAGGCAGUGUUAGGGUGGGUGCAGUGGCGCUUCGGCGUAAUGGUGUUUCAGUCAAUGACGGAUUACAUAAUCGACAUCAUAAUGGACGUUGUAACAUGUAAGAUUAUAAUGGAGCGGAAAAUUCCAGUCGCAUAGUAACGUUUUAACCGUCAUAACGCAAUGUCUCGCGUGUUUGUGGUGAUGCUGGUGUAAAUAACCCUAUUCCACUGCCAGUGUCAACAUGUAGCACAUUCAAUUGUAUGCAGGGUAUAAUACUUCAUAAUGACAAUAAACAACUAUGUUAUUGGUAUAUGUAUUUAACAUACUGAUACUUUUUUAUUGUUACUUAGGCUAUACCACAGCAGGCUAUAGCAUCUAGGUUUGUGUAAGUACCCUCCACGAUGUUCCCACAACGACAAAAUGGCCUAACGAUGCCUUUCUCAGAACGUACCUCCGCCAUUAAGUGACACAUGACUGUAUUCUUGCAGGAGUCAUUAGACACCAUUGCCAUCAUUGGUUAAUCUGUUUAUCGUCCAGAUUGUCAGCAGAGAAAGAGGCUUCUCCUCUUGGCUGAACUCUCUGCACUCUAACACAAAUAAAAACAGCCUGAAGUGUUGUUAA